UGCCUGUUCUGUUACUUUUACUGGCGCCGCGGGAGGAUCAUCUACCCUUUGGUGCAGACGAAAGAGCGAGUAGCAGUUGGACGGGGAGAGAAUGGUAUUGAAACAGAUUUCCAGCAACAAGUGCUUUGGUGGAUUCCAGAAAGUUUUUGAACAUGACAGUGUGGAACUGAGCUGCAAAAUGAAAUUCGUGGUCUACCUGCCGAAGUCCGGCUUCCACCAGGCCGCCUCCGAACUUGGACUUGUGGUCGUCGCUCCAGACACCAGCCCCCGCGGAUGCAACAUCAAAGGAGAGGGGGACAGCUGGGACUUCGGCACUGGGGCGGGGUUCUACAUGGACGCCACCGAGGAGCCUUGGAAAACGAACUACCGGAUGUACUCCUAUGUGAUGCAGGAGCUUCCCCAACUCAUCAGUGCCAACUUUCCAGUGGACCUCCAAAGGAUGUCUGUUUUCGGCCACUCCAUGGGAGGCCACGGGGCCCUGGUUUGUGCUUUGAAGAACCCUGGGACAUACAGAUCUGUGUCAGCAUUUGCUCCAAUUUGCAAUCCAGUGGCUUGUCCUUGCGGCAAAAAAGCCUUAAGUGGAUAUUUGGGAGCAGACCAAAGUAAGUGGAAGGCUUACAAUGCUACCCACCUGGUGAAUACCUAUCCAGGGUCUCAGCUGUACAUACUGAUUGACCAGGGAAAAGAUGACCAGUUUCUCUCUGACGGGCAGCUGCUGCCCGACAACUUCAUAGCCACCUGUACAGACAAGAAAAUCCCUCUCGUGUUCCGAUUACAAGAGGGCUAUGACCACAGCUACUACUUCAUCGCCACCUUUAUUACCAAGCACAUCAGACACCACGCGAAAUACCUGAAUGCUUGAAAACGUCCGAGAAGAGACUGUCUUGGGGAUUAUACAAACUGUAAUAAACAGAAUUUCAGGGGGAAAGAAAAGAUUUCAAAACAUUGUUUUCAUAAUGCUAAAAUGCCUCAUUCUGUAGUUAAAUCACCUUCUGAAUAAAGACAUGAAACCUG